GCCGCGGACGUACGAGCAGCGCACCCGAGAGCGAAUAUGGACGUGCAGCGACGCUCACACCACAGCCAAAUGGAUUAUAACCGCGAGCCCAAGCCGGGGAAGACGCUGCCGUGUCACGAGGAGCGCUUCGACAGCGGCCUGGACUCGCUGAAGGAGGACGAGCUGGAGCGCGACUUCGCGGAAGUGUCCAUCCGAGACGACGCGUCCCCGUGCGAGCACGAGCCUUGGCGCAGCGUCGUCACGGACGACGGCGACACGCUUCUACACUUGGCCGUCAUUCACGAAGCCACCGAACACGCCCUGCACAUGAUCAAACGCUCCCCAAACUGCCCCUACCUGAACGUGCAGAACCACCAAAGACAGACGGCGCUUCACCUGGCGGUGAUCACAGAACAGCCGCUGCUGGUGGACAGUCUCCUCAAGGCCGGCGCCGACCCCCGGUUGACCGACGACGGCGGCAACACGGCUCUGCACAUCGCCUGUAAAAAGGGCUCCCUAGCUUGCUUCGCCAACAUCACGCAAAACGGCAGCAGCCGCCACCUGACUUCGCUCAUUUCCAGCACCAACUAUAACGGGCACAACUGUCUUCACAUAGCGUCUAUAAACGGCUUCAUCUCAUUGGUGGAGAGUCUGGUCAGGCUGGGCGCAGACAUCAACGCGCAGGAACAGUGUAGCGGGAGGACAGCGCUCCAUUUAGCCGUCGACCUCCAGAACCCAGCGCUGGUGCGUCGCCUCCUCGACCUGGGCGCCGACGUCAACUGUUUAAACUACGGAGGCUUCACGCCGUACCACCUCACCUACGGGAGGCAGAACGACGAAAUCCGCCACCAGCUGUACCAGAAGACGGCGCAGGAGCUGAGGGAGCUGCCUGAGAGCGAAUCCGACGACAGCGACAUGGAGGACAUGGACGCGUCGGAAGAUGAAAUGUACGAUGACAUCAAGUUCGGGAAGUAGAACAAGGCCCCCUCCUUGUGAGGUGCGAAGAGCUGCUACUGGGACGUGGGAAACGGAAGUCGGACACGCGGGUCCAGCUUCCCCGUCCAGGCACUGAGGCGCUGGCCCGGGAUCAUGAAUACAUCAAGGAUGGAGUAGCCUGAUCUAGAACAGAGAGACGUGCCGACGCAGUGUUCCUGUUGAAAUAUACCAAUAUGUGAAUAUGUUCAAUAGUGUAAAUACAGAGAUAUUAUUUUUGUACUUGUGUGAAUUGUUAACACUAUUAACAAAUUAUGUUCAGAAUAAAACAGAUUUAUGAAGCUC